AACCAUCUAAACUGGUGAGCCCAACCACGAACUACAUCUUCAAUUCACACGCAGAUAAACCCGCGGCAUACUUUUCGUCAUGAGUGAUCCUAGCCCCAAGGUUAUUCAGAUUCGCUCAGCCGCCAAAACAAUCCAGCUAGUACCAUAUUGGGCCGAUAAUGCUGAAACUUGGUUUCAGAUUGCUGAGUCCGAUUUUUGUGAACAUGGCAUAACUGAUCAACGUUCACAGUUCCUUGCAGUUAUUCACGCCCUACCGCGGGAAUUCAGCAGGUGCGGAACUCUGCAGAUGUCGGUAAGUAACUCGUACGAGUUACUAAAAGCAUCCAUUCUCAAGAGAAACGUUCUCACAGAUCGACAACGUCUUGAUGAGUUAUUUCGUAACAUCGAGUUAGGAGAUCAGUCAGCCUUGAGCAUGCUGGCAAGAAUGAAAGAGAUCAUUGGCCAAAGUCAGUUCGAUGAAGGACUGUUUAGAGAACUAUUUUUAUCCAAACUGCCACAGUCAGUUCUGACUGUACUUGUGACACUUCAGGGUGUUCUCAUAGAUGAUUUAGCUGUCUCUGCAGAUAGAAUUCUAGAGAUAACCAAACGGCCAGUUACCGAAAUAUACUCUGUUACCGAACAGACUUCGAAGAAGGAUGCUGCAAUGAUAGAGUUAAUCAACUCCGUCCAGCAGAUGUUUAGGUCAAACAAGCCUAGUAAUUCCUCAAACCGUCGUUCUAGAUCCCCUCAACGGCAAAACGCACGUGGACGAUCUAAGUCCAACACACGUUCUCUCAGAAAUCCUGACUGGUGUUGGUACCACAACACCUAUGGCAAGGAAGCGAAAUGUUGUCGAAAAACUUGUGAUUUCGGCAAAGCCUCCAAGUCUGUGGGAAACUAUCCCGCCGGCACGCGUUAGCGGCAACCGUCGCCGGUGGCAAUAGCCGCUUACUUUACAUCCAUGAUGUAAUGAGCCAGACUAGAUAUCUAGUCGACACAGGUGCCGAAGUCAGCGUCCUUCCUGCUACAGCAGCAGAUCGACAGAAGGAUCCUAACUUCAACCUACAGGCUGCAAAUGGAAAACCAAUUGCAACCUAUGGUCGGAAAUACGUCUAUCUGAACGUAGGUUUACGCAAACCUAUUCAGUGGAUUUUCCUAAUCGCCGACGUCACAAUGCCCAUCAUUGGCACGGACCUACUUAAUCAUCAUGAUUUGCUCGUAGACGUCCGCCGUAAACGAUUAAUUGACAACACUACUAGUUUGUCUAUCAAAGGCAUAACUUAUGUAGGCCCCAGCUUGUCACUCGUUAAGAUGAAA